AUGCAGAACCGCACCAACCGCGGCCUCCUCUUCGGCGCGCGCGCCACAGCGGGCGGCGACCUCCCCUCCGCGGGCGCGUCCGGCGAGUCGGACGCGCUCGAGCAGGACAACCAGCGCGCCAUCGAGGCGCUGCGCGGCUCGGCCGGCUCCAUGAAGGACAUCGCCAUCCACAUCGACGCCGACGUCGCCGACCACAACCGCCUGCUCGACCGCAUGGACAAGCGCUUCGACUCGGCCAACUCGCUGCUCGCCCAAACCUCGCACCUGCUGCACCAGCUCGUCGCCGACCGUAGCUCGUCGCGCAUGUGCCUCCUCGUCGCCGCCUUCUUCGCCGCCCUCGCCCUCGCCUACUACCUCCUCAGGCACUAG